UCCCGCUAGGGUAUGCUUAUGUUAAUUUUCAGCAGCCUGUUGAUGCUGAAAGAGCGUUAGACACAAUGAACUUUGACACUGUCAAAGGAAGGCCAAUUAGAAUUAUGUGGUCACAGCGAGAUCCAUCUCUGAGAAAAUCAGGUGUAGGUAAUGUCUUCAUAAAGAACUUGGACAAAAGUAUUGAUAACAAAGCCAUGUAUGACACAUUCUCUGCCUUUGGAAAUAUAUUAUCGUGUAAAGUAGCAACUGAUGAAGAGAGCACUUCAAAAGGCUAUGGAUUUGUUCAUUUUGAAACUGAAGAAGCAGCAAAUAACGCGAUCAUGAAAGUAAAUGGCAUGCUUCUUAAUGGCAGAAAAGUUUUUGUUGGAAAAUUCAUCCCCCGUAAAGAGCGCGAGAAGCUCUUGGGUGAAAAAGCUCGUCGUUUCAUGAAUGUUUAUAUCAAGAACUUCGGUGAUGAUCUUGAUGAUGAAAAGCUGAGAGAGCUGUUCGAAAAGUAUGGAAAAAUAACAAGUGCCAAGGUAAUGACUGACGAGCUUGGAAAAGCGAAAGGCUUUGGAUUCGUAAGCUUUGAAGAACCAGAGAAUGCUGAAAAGGCUGUUGAAGAUCUUAAUGGGAAAGAAUUAAAUGGAAAGACUUUAUAUGUUGGUCGUGCACAAAAGAAAUCUGAAAGAGCAGCAGAAUUGAAGCGUAGAUUUGAAUUGUUGAAAAUGGAACGUAUGAAUAGAUACCAAGGUGUAAAUUUAUAUGUCAAGAAUCUUGCCGAUGCUAUCGAUGAUGAACGCUUAAGAAAAGAAUUUGCACCUUUUGGAACAAUAACUAGUGCUAAAGUCAUGACAGACGGAAAUGGACGUUCCAAGGGAUUUGGCUUUGUCUGCUUCAGCUCUCCAGAAGAAGCAACUAAAGCAGUAACUGAAAUGAAUGGGCGAAUUGUUGUGUCUAAACCUUUGUAUGUUGCUUUAGCUCAACGUAAAGAAGAACGCAAAGCUCAUUUAGCUUCUCAGUACAUGCAACGAAUGGCCGGGACGCGCAUGCAGCUGGGACAGAUGUUUAACCCAGGAAGUGGCGGAUAUUUUGUACCAACUAUGCCUCAAGCUCAAAGAAGUUACUUCCCACAAAUGGCUCAAAUGCGUGCAACUCCUCGAUGGCCCACUCAGCCUCAGAUGCGACCAGGAGGUCAACCAGCUGCAGCAUUCCAAGCUAUGCAGUCUGCUCCAUUUGCUAGAGCAGCUGCACGUCCAGCAGUUGCAGCUUCGCAAAAUCCAGGAAUGAGAGCCGGUAUGAAUGCUCGACCCAUAACGGCCAACCCCCCUGCUGCAGCAGCUGCUGCAUCUGGAACAAGAGUUGCUGCAAUGGGUCCUACUGGUGUAGGUGCUGCACGACCUACUAGUAUGGCUUCUGCAAAUGUCAAUCAAAGACCAGCCACAUACAAAUAUACUUCAC